UAUAAGCAAUAAAAAUAAAUAUAAUAUCCCGUUAAAGCAUAUCGUAAAAGUAGCACAUACGUAAACGUAUGUUGAAAGUAUGAAAAAAGUGAGUGCAUAUUAUCGUUUCAGCCGUUAAUCAUUUUGCAUAAAUAAAUUAUUGAAAUGCCAUACGAAGCCAUACACCAUCAACCGUCGGGAUCAAACGGUAUGUUGGACUCGUUAAGCAUGCAGUUACGAGACGCAGAAAUGAGACGUACGGAAAUAGAACGAGCACAUCAAGAAACUUUGGCCCAAAUAAGAAACUUGAAUAGUAGUGGACGACCUGACACUGAAGCAAUAGAAAAUUUACAGUCUCGUUCAAGGGAGCUGGAAAAAAAAGCUGCUUUAGAAAACGUUCGCUGUGAGGAGUUACAAAUUGAACUGACUGCAGCUUUAAAAGCUAAAGCAGCUCGGUCUGCUGGAGUUGCUUCAAGUGCAACUGGACUAUCCGGUACAAGUUCCACAGUGACAUGGGCGCCGACAAUCAGCCAUCAAGAGCACGGUUCAGAGAUUGAGAUAAUAAUGGCAAAAAUUGAACAGGAUAAUCGAGUUCUUGCAGAACUGGAACAGCCCAGGACAUCUAGUACAGGAAUGCAAAAUAGUUCCAUAUUGAAUACAUGCAAUAGCGAAUUUAAAACCAUAUCAAAGAAUGAACUUGAAGAAGAACUGAACCGUUAUAAACGUGCAGUUUUUAGUGGUACAACAAGUUCAACACUUACAGGAUACGGCGGUAUAUCACAUGCUGGACUUUCAAAUGGGGCUGGAGGAGUUUCUAGUGUUUCUGGAAUCGGUGCAGGAACAAGCGGGAUUGCUCCUACUGGACUUACAUCCAUAUCGACUUUAGUACCAAGUUCAAUUGGUGGCAUAUCGUCUAGUCUUAGUAGUCACGCCAUACAAUCUAUAAACACAUCUUCGUAUGCAGGCGGCUGUACAGCAACUGCUGUGGGCAGUGGCGGUACUACAGUGGAGAAACUACUAAGUGGGUCUAGUGGGAUAGCAGGCAUCCAACCAUUACCGAUGAAUAUUAUGAAUCAUACGAUGCCAUCAGCACUAAGUCAGCGUGGAACAAUACAACUGUACAAUUUGCAGAGUACAACUAUGCCAAUAUUAUCACUGAACUCUCAUAAUAUACCAACUGGUACCAACAGUUAUUCAGCACUUGGACUAAGUGGUGGUACAGGAACAGCAGUUGUGCCUCCACUUGGUUCUUCUAUGACGCAUCCUACUAUUGGGAAUGUGCUUGACUCAAAUUCACUGCUUGGCACCGGUCUAUCUGGCCUAAGCGGCGUAACAGGAUCAUCAUUAUAUGGCCUAGGAACUACCGUCGGCACUCUUUCAGGUGGACUGCCUAACGCAUAUGCUCCUCCAUUUAUAGAAGUGGGUUCAGGUCCCUCGUAUCCGUUUUCAACUGUUGCUUUACGUAAUGUUUCAAAAAUGAAAAUGCUAGAUGAGAUUGAAUUGCCGCUCGCACGUUAUGGUAAUCGAAGUUCUCCUUGCUCACCAAUUCCUCCAUCAAGUUGGGCACUAGACGAUUUUACGGAUAGUAUGAAUGCAUCUAUAUUACAUAAUCGUAGUGGGUUAGCGUUAGGAGCAUUAGAUUUAGAAACAAGAAGCCAUGCACUCAAUGGAGCAAAUGAGCCUCAAGUUGAUAUGCUGGAUAUACCAGGGAAAGGUCGAUGCUGUGUUUUUAUUGCAAGAUUCCCUUAUGAUCCUCCAGAAGAAGCAGAAGGAGAACUGUCCUUGUGUGCUGGUGAUUAUUUACUGGUGUGGACCAGUGGAGAACCACAAGGCGGUUAUCUUGAUGCCGAACUUUUAGAUGGCAGACGUGGUUUAGUACCAGCAUCUUUUGUUCAGCGUUUGAUUGGUGAUGAUCUUUUAGAAUUCCAUCAGGCAGUAUUGUCUACACUACGAGAUGCCGAAGAUGGUUCUAUGCAAUGUGAUACUACAUCUUUACCUUCGUUACCUCCACAUAAUCCAUUACUUACGCAUACUCAUGAAGAUUUAGCUCGACUGAGUGAGACACACACAGAUCUUGAACAUGAUCAAGAUGAUAUAAGUGAUAAUGUUCCAGCGCCAAAACAUUUGACUCUAGAGCGUCAACUUAAUAAGAGUGUUUUGAUCGGCUGGUCACCACCUGAGCCAGUUGGAUAUAAUUUAAUCGAUAGCUAUCAUGUUUAUGUAGACGGAGUUUUGAAGGUUACGGUUAAAGCUAAUGAGAGAACACGAGCACUAAUUGAAGGUGUCGAUUCCAAUAGGCCACAUCGAAUAAGUGUAAGAAGUGUAACACAGAAUCGUCAAACAUCACGUGAUGCAGCUUGUACUAUGAUCAUUGGUCGUGAUACUGCGCAUUUGGGGCCGUCUGCUGUACGUGCAUCUCAUAUUACGUGCUCAUCAGCAGUUAUAUCAUGGCUGCCGGCAAAUUCGAACCACCAACAUGUCGUUUGUGUAAAUAAUGUUGAAGUACGUACCGUAAAGCCGGGAGUUUAUCGACAUACCAUCACAGGGUUAUCACCAAGUACACAAUAUCGUGUUACUGUACGAGCAAAACACUUACGUGCUCCAGGAGGACAACCAACACCAGGCCGACCGCAAGAAGAAGCGCCGGGUGCUUAUGCUGAUUUCCGUACAUUAACCAAAGGGUUGCCGGACCCUCCACAAGUGAGAUAGAAAAUUUUUAUAAAUUGAAUUAAAAUUUUACUAAGCAUAUGUCUUAUUAUAUUUUAUAUGACAUUUAUAAAUUAGUAUAGAGUUUAUUACCUACUAAUAUCGAGAUUGAAGAAGAUUGCACAACCACAUUUAAAAUAAUAUCUAAAAAGUGGGUUGAUGAAAUGGAAAUAGAAGAGAAGAGAGUAGAAGAGUAAAAUUA